UGACGGUUGAACUGGGUCAGAUUUGAAUUUGGCGCGUCGGUGGUUUUGUUAGGUUGGUAACGUCGAAAGUUAUGUAGUAGUGCCACCACUCACCAUCUGUUUGUUUAAUGUUCAGGUCAAUAAACACACGUUAGGGAGUAUUGUACAAUAAGAAAAGGUCCUACAAUGCAACCGUUAGGGGAAAAUGCUGCAAACACUCCAGCCUUUUUAGGUAAAUUAUGGAAAAUGGUUAAUGACCCAUCGACCGACCACCUGAUCUGCUGGAGUCCGUCCGGCACUAGCUUUGUGAUACCAAAUCAAGCUCAAUUUUGGUAUGAACUUCUUCCUCUCUAUUACAAACACAAUAACAUGAGUAGUUUCGUGAGGCAGUUAAACAUGUAUGGUUUCCAUAAAAUGUCGACGGUUGAAAAUGGUACAAUGGACUCAGAUAAAGAUGAAAUUCAAUUUUCACAUCCGUAUUUUCUUAAAGACCAGCCUGAACUCUUGCGCAAUAUUAAAAGAAAAGCAACCACUUCUAAAACUUCUAACGAAAAUAACAAUAAACAUGACGAGUUAACUAAAGUUCUAAGCGAUGUUAAACAACUCAGAGGACGUCAAGUCAGUGUUGAUAAUCAACUAAAUGCAAUGAAACAAGAAAAUGCGCUUUUGUGGCGCGAAGUGGCUAUUCUUAGGCAGAAACAUUUGAAACAACAAAAAAUCGUCAAUAAGCUCAUUCAAUUCUUAGUUACGUUAGUUCAACCGUCUAGAAUGACAGUUGGUGUAAAAAGGGGGUACCAAUUGAUGUUGCACGAAAGUCCAAAUAAGAAAAGCAAACUUAGUAAUAACGGAAAAAGUAACAUUAAUGCAGAGGGACCCACAAUUCAUGAAUUGGACAGCGAACUGGAUUUAACACCAAAUUUAUACGAAGAGGAAGUACCAGUUGUGGAAGGAAGCAACAUCGAAAUUGAAAAUGACUUGAUCGACAGCCCUGCUGCUUCUGUUGGUUCCCAACAAACAGAUCUUAACUCACCACUACAAUCUCAGUUAUUAGUUGAAGAAAAUGGAGAAGAAAGUACUUGGGACAAACCUGAAUAUGUGUGUGUCAGUACACCAGAAGAAUUAAUUAUUCCGGAUCAGGAUAUAAGCGAAGAAACUUUGAUUAAUAGUUUAAAAGAUGAAGCAUCACCAGUUGGUGAUGUUAAUGUUGACAAUAACGGCAGUUUUGAUAAUCAAAAAGUGUUUUUGAAUCCGUCAACUCAGGACACGUUGUUAAGUAAUUUAAUAAAAAAUAAUACGACUAAAGAUGGGGCUAAGAAUGGAAAACCUAUAAACGCAGCCACUUCACUGUCAUCUGCUCCUGUUACUAGUAACAAUAUGGCCAUUGCCACUCGUGAUACGAAUUUGUGUGAUGUAAUUAAGAGUAUGCCAGGACCUAGCGAUACUUAUACCAUGGAUUUAAAUAACCACGUGGAAGCCACUCAACAGGAAUUAGACCAAUUCAAAGAUAUUUUAAAUGGAUAUAAUCCAUUUGUUGAUGCUAAUGCCUUACUAGGGGAAUUAAACAAGAUCCCUCAAAACUUCAAAGAUGUCUAUCUCUUUAAUGGCGAUUCUCCCGUUUAUGAUCUGAAUGUUAAUGAUGAUAAUAAAAAUGAAAACUUGAUCGAUCCUUCUGAUCCGUUGGUUUCUGGGUCUGAAUUAACCCCAUAUGGUGGUAAUUUUGAUUUUACUGAACUAUUUGAUGAUACCAUUAAUGAAGGGAAUGUACAGACAACUGAAGCUACAUCUUCAACUGUUAAUACACCGCAAAUUAUUAAAGAAGAACCUAUUUUUCCGGCUAUACAAAACAAAAAGUAAUUUCUAAUUUUAGGCCAGAGAUAGAAACAAAUGUACAAAAUUGGAUCGAUUGAGUUGAUCCGUCAUAAAAUUCGCAUUUUUUUUAUAAACUAGCGUAAUGUGGUAGGGAGACUACUGUGACUUCAGAUUGUGAAUACAAGAAAAUUCCCUAGUAUUUUUGUUUGGCGAUUUUAUUUUUCAACUGAUACGAUCUAAUGUAAGGCUUGGUUUGUUUUGUAUAUUUUAGCCCAUUGUAUUUUUCAAUAUAUAAAUAUUGCUAUUUUUGUAUAUCUAUAUAAGACAGGGAAUUUCUCUAUUUAUGUAUUUUUUUAAACUUGAUAGGUUUUAUAAGUUCACACUGAAAGUCCGUUGUUUCAUGCAGCAAAAAAUCAAACAAAUCAACGCGAUAUAGAUCAUAACAGUCAAAAUUAACACCAAGUGUUGGUUUUUUGUUGGAUAAAAUGUUGUACUUGUGUAGUAAAGGAUACAGCUAUCGCCACUUUUCACAACGGUUUUUCUGUAGAGUCUCAAGAAGUUCACCUCAAAAUUUUUGUGGCGAUAAAAAUGUUCCGAGAUUUAACAAUUGCUUGAUGCUAUUUCCUUGUAAGCUUUUAUAGGCAUCAACCAGACUGUAGGUUUCCUAAAACUUUUAAUCUUGAUUAUUCAAGUUACUAGUUAGGGAGUGCUAAAUUUUGUCCAAAGUAAAAUGAUCAUCCGUACUUUUGUCCACCAUAAAAAUGUCCAAAAUAGCAGAAUGUAAUUUUAUCCAACGUAAAAGCAUCCGAAGUAUUUUUGUCGAACGUAAAAUGAGCAUCCGUAUUUUUGUGGACCAUAAAAGUAUCCAAAAUUUCUAGUGUUAUUUUCAAUACCAACAUGGUAACAAAACUGUCUAAAGUAAAAUUUAAAUUUUGUAAGUGUCUCUAGUAACACACUGUAUCACUAUUUUCCGACCACAAGCAUAAAUGGCUUAUAUUUUUUUUCUACAAAGCUAUUUACGAUAUCCAGUCCUCCGUCAAUGCUGCCAUGAUCCUAGAUCGUUUAACGUUUUUACAUUGGAUUAUUUUACUUUGGACAAUUUUGUAUGCGUCCACAAGUUAACUUUUUUUAAUCUUAAUAUAUUUUUUGUUAUUAUUUGUUUUAUAUGUUUUCAGUAAAUUGUAACAUAUGCUAUAUAA